AACAGAUUUUCCGGCUUUACCAUGGCUUUCCUUGUAUUCGACCUCGCUGCCUUUGGCCUUUCGUUUACAUCUCUAUCUGUGAUCGUCGUUCGUAUUUCCACAAACGUAGGGAUGCCACUGGAUGGUGACAAGUCUAAUUCGAAUACAGACUCUGUAAGCUAUAACUGGAUCGUGUUACUCCUUAACAUCAGUGAGGUAUUGGCAGACUUCAUCCUGGUACUGCUUAACUGCCACUUUUAUUCAACUUUGUAUCCGAGGGUGCACAGCUGUUUCCAAAUAGAGACAAUCGACGACGUAGGAAACAAUGAUGAAAUCGAGAUGCGUGACAUGGUCCAGCAGUGGGUCGCCCGACACAGCGAGAUGCCGGGUAUUCAACCGCCUUGCUUGGAACGUAUAUAUUAUCAACAAAUAAAGGACGCGAAAUAUAGCACACUCUUCAACAACAAAACAAGAUAAAUAUAAUUAAAGUAAGUACAGGCGAAAAUACUGCGGAUAUUUUUACGAAGGCACUGUGUAGAGAGAAAUUUGAAAGGUUUAGGUCAUGGAUGAAUGUAAACUAAGAGGAAUGUAAAUAAAGUAAUAAGGUUUAAAGGUUCUAUUAAGUAAUUCGACAAAUCAUGUAAAUCCGAUAAGCAGUCGUUAAGAAGCAUCUGGAAGAGUCGGUUGACAACAAGCGAG